AGGCUGUCAGUGUUCGGGCCGGUGUUCCUGAUGAUGCUCCGACUGGCGUUCGGACUGGUUCGCGCAGGCAAAUACGGCUACCAGACCCAGGACCAGCCACAGCCCUGUGCUACCCACGUUAAGUACAUCAUCCAGUCUGUUACGGAGAUACAGACGUCAGUAUUGACGACGACACGGCUGGCUACAAUAACAGCCACGUUGACGACAACAGCCACGAAGACAGAAGCAGCCACGAAGACAGCAACAGCCACGUUGACGGCAACAGCCACACAGACAGCCACGAAGACAGAAACAGCCACGCAGACGGCCACACAGACAACCACGAAGACAGAAACAGCCACACAGACGGCCACAAAGACAGAAACAGCCACACAGACAGCCACGAAGACAGAAACAGCCACCCAGACAGCCACGAAGACAGAAACAGCCACGAAGACAGUGACGGCUGAACCUAUCACCAAGACGGUGAACCAGCUCUUCACCACCACCGUCGUCCAGAAGAUGUUCGUCACCAUGACCAAGGGGUGUGGAGGCGUCGGGACCGGUGGAUAUGGCACCCCAAUCAACUUCGGCUGGUGAGGUCGUUGUCCCUGGCACUGUGGCACUCCGCAGUACAUAGUCUGACGGCCCCGUGGCUCUGUGGCACAACACUAUUUAUGCAGAGUUGCACUAGGUAAUCAACACUGAAACUAUUGAUGAGUUACAAGCAAUAAACUAUCUGAAGUAGAAAAUGAUUGAUGUCAUUGACCCUCCUCGUGUA